AUGUUAGACAUGAUUAUCACUGAUGAUGAUAAUGGUGUUACUGAAUCAAUGAUUGCCAGCGGCACUGGUAGUUUAGGCCAAUCUACCGGUGCUGUACCGGUAGAUAAUAAGGAUGAUAAUAAUAAGCUAUCACUAUAUUGGUGUCGAUUGACUUAUAAAGUAUCGGAUAAAACAACUACUAGUAGUAGUAGUAGUAGUAAAUCAAAUACCGGUAAUAAUAAUAAUAAUAAGUGCGGUUUGAAAACCAUUGUCAACGAUAUGAAUGGCCAGAUGUCUAGCGGUUCGCUAACCGGUAUACUCGGGCCGAGCGGUGCGGGUAAGACAACAUUGAUUGAAUGCCUGGCCGGCCGACGGUUGGCCGGUCUGACCGGCCGAGUGUGGGCUAAAAGUACGGCCAAAAAGAAAGUUAAGUUAAGGAUCGCCUACAAUGCACAGAGCGAUUCACUGAUCAAUGAACUAACGGUAGAGGAGGCGCUCAGGUAUGCCUCCCAGUUGACCAGUGGUACACAUAAACCGUACGACUUUUAUCAUCGACACAACCACACAAAUGGACAGUCGGCUAACGGCAUUGACGACACUAUUAUUAAUAAUAAUAAUAAUACCAUACGCUAUACUGUGGACACUACACGCUUGGAUGGCUUGGAUAGCUGUAGACCACUAAGCGAACCGUUAGUCGAACCGAAAUACUCGACCGAUCCAUAUGUUCAUCAGCUAAUCGAAGCCAUAGGACUGGGCAGCUGUGCUCACGUCCGGACCGGUAGUAUUAGUGGCGGCCAAAAAAAACGACUGUCCAUUGCUCUGGAAUUAAUAUUCUCACCGAAUGUUCUACUAUUGGACGAACCGACUACCGGUUUGGACUCCCGUUCCUCAUACCAGUGUCUAUCGUUGCUGAAAACAUUGUCCGCAAACAGAGAACCGCUGAUAAUCGGUGCGUCCAUACAUCAGCCGACCGCCAGAUUGUUGGGAUUUUUUGACAACAUAUACGUAUUGUCUGUCGACGGCCAGUGUGUCUACAGUGGACCGACACAGACACUGGUUGAACACUUAUCAAAGUUUGGUCUCAAUUGUCCCGUAUUUCAUAAUCCGGCCGAUUAUGUCAUAGAGAUAGCCAGUGGUGGACAUGGAUCUGAUGCAAUUGAAACAUUGGUCGCCUAUGAACGCCAUAAAUCGCGGCCACUGUUAGACCAUCAGACAGUUAGCAAAGACGAGCUCAUAUCAGGGGACAGUCGUCUCCAUCGAAAAAACAAUCAUCGAUUCAGUAUUCAUCUGCCCCCCGACAACUUCAGCCAACAGUUUGGCAACUCCUGGAUACUGAUCCGUCGAUCGGGUCUGGUAUCCGUACGGCAGCCGCUAAACUAUUGGCUACGUAUACUCGGCCUACUAUUUUCCCUACUGUCCAAACUGAUUAUCUACAGUAAAGUAUCCGGUCAUCAAUCGGCGACCAGUUGUGUCAACUCGGAUGAUGUUUUCCAAAAACUUCGAUCAAUUCAUCUGAAAGAGUCAUCCAUACAGAAAUCGUUUCGUUCAAUACAAAACAUAUCGUAUAUAUUGACAACAAUGAUGUUCAUACACUUCUGUACGAUAGCACCGACACUGAUGACCUUUCCCAUCGAAUUGAACACAUUUGUUAAGGAACGGUUCAACAAAUGGUACACCACUUGGUCAUACUUUAUGGCCAAAUCAAUAGUCGACAUACCCGUCGUAAUAGUCCUGCCAGUAGUCUAUGCCGGACUACUCUGGCUGAUCACUGGCCAGGCCUGGGAUUUGUGGCGUUUCUCAAUACACCUGGUGGUCAUUGUACUCCUGGCACUGGUAUCCCAUGGUAUGGGUUUACUAUUGUCGGCCAUAUUCAUCAGUAACGUUAGGGCAGCCCUAAUGUCGUUCGCCAUAUUUGUCGUACCGUUUCUAUUGACCAGCGGUGCCCUAAUACCCAUACGUACAAUGCCUGGCUAUAUGCAGACACUGUCCUAUUUGUCAAUAUUUAGACUAACCUAUGAGGCAAUGUUGAUAAUACUGUACGGUUUUGAUCGAUGUCCCGGUGCUAUCCAACCGAUAACUAUGGAUGACUUGGGCCACGAAUUUGCCGUAAAUAUUGGCCAACUAAAUGACUGUCUCGAUUGGUCAGACGCUACGGCAAAUCUGACCACUGGUGGCCUCAAAGCAUUCAACCGAUACCUGACUGGUCAGCAUCCGAGCAAAAUGCUGGACUGGUUUGCGCUCCGGGAUCAAGAUCUCUACAAAUAUAUAGCCCUACUGUCCAUAUAUACAGUUAUAUUUCAAGUGUUGGCUUAUCUGGCGUUGAGAUGGAAAGCAAAAAUCAAAUAA